UAAUAAUCAGCUGUUCACUUUUUUAGUUGUCAUAUGAUUAAUUUACACAUUUUAGGGGAGUUUCUGCAUGUAAAUCUGUGAAAAUGGAAUACGUUAACUUUAUUCUGUGUGUGGCAAUUGUAAUAAUGGCUAGAUCAUUCGGUGUUUCAUUCAAAACUGUUUCGGGAGGACCAAUUUUCGUUUCAGAGAUGUCAAUGGACAGUGUAUACAAAGGUUCAAAGUUCAGUAAUGACAAAGAUUACAUGCAGAAAAGACAACUUUUUAUUGACACAGAGGCCCAGGAACGGGUUGGUGGUGAAAUAGUGAUGAACCUGGACGAAAAAGCACUAAACAAUAGAAUCUUGGCAAUGAAAAAGAAAGAGUAUGAUGCAGCCCAUUAUCAGGGCGGUUCGUUUGCUCCACAAAUUAACUUCCUUCAAUCCAAACCGUUGUAUGAAAAAAGUGAUAUCUUCAAAUUGAUUCAGAAAAUGCCAAAAGGUGGUGCACUCCACUUACAUGACGUAUCAAUAACGGACGUAAACUGGCUCGUUGGUAACGUAACGUACCGAGACCACUGCUACAUGUGUAACGACGUUAACGCCAACGACAGCAUCGUCUUCCACUUCUUCCAGAAUCCGCCAUCAAACCCUGGGUGUCCCUGGAAGUUGGUAAACGAUGUCCGGGCGAAGUCCAAUAAUGUCACAGCUUUUGAUCAAAUGCUGCUUGAGAGCAUGGUGAUGACGCCUGAACUGGCUGACGCGGACAUUAACGUGAUAUGGAAGGCGUUCACGGGCGCCCUCACCCGCGCUGAUGGCCUCAUUUCCUACAGGUCCGUCUUCAGGGAUUACUUUUAUGAGGCAUUGACAGAGUUCCAGGCAGAUAAUGUACAGUACAUUGAGUUGCGCGCGGUUUUUCCUGGGGUAUAUGAGCUGAACGGUACGAUCAUUGCGCCCCACGACGUGAUGCAGAUCUACAAGGACACCAUCAAGGAGUUCAAACACGACAAUCACGACUUCACAGGCGCCAAGAUCAUCCAAACGAAUAGCAGGGUGUAUAACAACUCGUAUAUCCUGGAUGACAUCAAGACGUCGGUUGAGAUGCUGGCGGCGUUUCCGGAGCACUUCGCGGGUUACGACCUGGUGGGACAAGAGGACCCGGGCCGCACACUGCUGUCGUACCUAGACGAACUGCUCUACCCGUCCACCCUAGACCCACCCGUCAACCUUCCAUACUUCUUCCAUGCUGGAGAGACCAUUACAGCGCGAUGACUGACGCGGAGAAAAUGGUAGCCAUCAAGGCGUGGGAGGCGAAGUGGAACGCGUUUGUUCGGGCUGCUCUCCAUGACACCGGUCCGGCCGCGUGAUUCGCACGUGCUUGAUUUACACCAUGUGCAUUAAACAUCACUUAAAUUAUGUUUUUACCUAUUUUCUUCAUUUAAUAUCAAUCAUGUUUGUAUUUUACAUUACUAUCUUGGAUCUGGCCCCAAUUUCUCGAAAGUUCGUAAGCGUACCAAGCGAGAGUAGCUUAUUUGAUAAGUCGAAUUUCAGUAAACAGAGUCACUGCAAACGUGUUACAUGUAUUGAACUCAAUGUCAUUCAC